CUAAAUACAAUCAGGUGACCGUUUGAUAAUCAUAACGGUACAUCCGACGAAUUCGUUACACGCGGCUUCGACUCCGCAAGAGCAAACCUCCACGAAAUUUUGCACGGGGUUCUUGUCACAUUUCUUUGCCUCUUUCAUCCAGAAAAAGGGUCUGUUGCGAACUACCUUCGACCAAGUCUAUUCAAGAAUAAUUUUAUCAAAUCAUGGCAGUGGAACCCGCCAAAGCAGAGAGCUACGAAGCUCGCUGGAACCAAGCCAAUGUGAUUGAAGCGGUGCAAUUGUGGAAAUUGAAUCCGUCGGAUCAACAAAAGUUUUUCGUGUUGCAAAAGAAACUCCAAGAUGUCCAGCAUCCCUGGAACGAUCCUCACGUGGUCUUGGGGUUUGUGGAAGCAUUUGGGUUUCCGGCAGCCGAACAAAAGUUUCGGAAAAUGAUCGAAUGGCGUCUGCGCAACAAGGUGGAUUCCCUAUUGAAGGAAUAUCAUCCAAAUCCUCUCUUGAUGGAUCAUUCGCCCGUGGCCUUUCUGGCCGAUUAUGAUCACGAGGGAGAUCCGAUUUACUGUGAACGUGGUGGAGCUUGUGACGCCAAGGGCUUGCUCAAGCGCUUCUCGAAAGAACAGCUGAUGAGGCAUUCCAUUUGGUUGCGAGAAGUACAGAGCGAUGGAGCGUGGUUGGAUGAUUACAAAGAGCAAAUGGGAAGACCUGUCGUUUCCAUUACCGUGGUGUACGAUCUCCAGGGACUCUGUGGACGCCACUUGCAGCCCAAUGUGAUUUCCUUUUUCCAACGCCUCAUGAAUAUUACCGAGGAAUAUUAUCCUGGACCUGUCAAACGAGUCAUUGUCAUUCGCAGUCCUCCCAUCUUUCGAACCGUAUGGGCCGUCGUCAAGCACUUCUUUUCCGAAGAGUCGCGACAAAAAAUGAUCUUUGCCAACAAGGAUUAUUUGACCGAAUUGGCCAAAUGGAUGGACAUUGAAAAACUACCCAGUUGUAUCAACCCAAAUGGCACUGGAAAAACAGCUCGAGGCAUGCCCAAGCGUAUGGAAGGUGGCAAAGUGCCUAGUCACAUUAAACAGGGAGGAGUCAACUACGUUCCAAUUGAUUCUGGCAUUUCCGAAGGUAAUGCAGGGACAAUCCAAAAGUUGACCCGAGUGCCAUCGUCGCCUUCUUCUUCCACUACGGCUUCCAGUGUCGGGUCUUUGUCCGAAGACGAUGAUAUUAUCACCCCCAUGGGCAAAGAGAUUGGAAUUGAAGUUUCCAAAUUGGAUGAUGAGACCGAUUCACCCUUGACCGUCACAGUCACUGCGAAUUGCUGACAGUGCUUCGGUUCGUGUGGUGCUGGCUUGUGUGGCUAGUAUACACUGCCAGACGUCGUCUGCAGGAGAGAUCGUAAUUGCUUUUCGGUAGCAUGAUUCGCUCCUUGUACAUACUCUUCCGAUCGCCUAGUAUAAAUCAACACCUACUUAGCAACUUUUGCAUUGUUC